CCAGUCACAUGAAAGCGGAGUGCAGCAAGAUGUCGGCGGACGAGCAGCCCUCCUACUCGCUGGGAAAGGAGACCCUCAGCGUUCCCGUUGCUCUGUUUGCCUUGAACAGGCAGCGGCUGUGUGAAAAAUUGCGCAAGAAUGCGGCGGUGCCGAAGAAAUCGGUGGUGCUUCUGCAGGGAGGAGACCAGAUGCAGCGAUACUGCACUGAUACUGACGUCAUUUUCCGUCAGGAAUCUUACUUCCACUGGACAUUCGGAGUGAUAGAGUCUGACUGCUAUGGUGCCGUGGAUGUUGCUACUGGCAAGUCCUUACUGUUUGUGCCCAAGCUCCCGGAGAGCUACGCGGUGUGGAUGGGAAAGAUUCACUCCCGUGAGCACUUCAAAAGGAAGUACGCUGUGGAUGAAGUUCACUUCACCAGUGAUGUGGCGGAGGUGCUGAAGAAGCUGCAGCCAGAUGUUCUGCUCACCUUGCGUGGCCUCAACACCGACAGUGGGCACAUCACUCGGGAAGCCUCAUUUGAUGGGAUCAGCCAGUUUAAUGUGAACAAUGUCCUGCUUCACCCGGAGAUUGCAGAGUGCCGUGUGUUGAAGACGGACAUGGAGCUGGAACUCUUGCGCUACACCAACCGCAUCUCCAGCGAGGCCCACAAAGAGGUGAUGAAGGCGGUGCGAGUGGGAAUGAAGGAAUACGAGUUGGAAAGCCUGUUCCAACACUACUGCUACACUCGAGGAGGAAUGCGCCACACUUCGUACACCUGCAUCUGUGGCAGUGGGCUGAAUUCCUCUGUCCUGCACUAUGGCCAUGCUGGUGCUCCCAACGACAAGACCAUCCAGGAUGGAGACAUGUGCCUCUUCGACAUGGGUGGAGAGUACUACUGCUACAGCUCUGACAUCACCUGCUCAUUUCCAGCCAAUGGCAGGUUCACUCCCGACCAGCGCGAGAUCUAUCAAGCUGUUCUGAGAGCUUCGCGGGCGGUGAUGAGUGCAGUUAGACCAGGAGUAUCCUGGCCGGAUAUGCAUCGCCUGGCUGAGCGAGUGCAGCUGGAGGAACUGGUGAGAAUUGGCAUCCUGAAAGGCAAUGUGGACGAGAUGAUGAAGGUCUAUCUGGGAGCAGUGUUCAUGCCUCACGGUCUGGGACAUCUCCUGGGCUGUGAUGUGCACGAUGUUGGCGGAUACCCAGAGGGUGUGGAGCGGAUCGACGAGCCCGGGCUCCGCAGCCUCCGGACCACGCGCCACCUAUUGGCUGGCAUGGUGCUGACUGUCGAGCCAGGCAUCUACUUCAUUGACCAUGUGUUGGACCAAGCUCUCGCUGACCCAGCCCAGGCUUGCUUCAUCAACGCUGACGUCCUGGCCCGGUUCCGAGGCUUUGGAGGGGUGCGAAUUGAGGACGACAUUGUGGUGACCCCCACUGGGAUGGAGUUACUGACCUGUGUUCCUCGCACCGUUGAGGAGAUCGAGGCCUUCAUGGCCCAAGGCUCCGGCUCCACCUCCACCAAGCAGUUUGGGCAGCAGACCAGUCAGACAGCCUGAAGGGUCGGAGACCCGGAGGUCACACAGGAAAUCGCACCUCCUCUUGCGUCCCGACUGCUCUUUGAUUAGAAUCUGAGACUCCAAUCAAACUUUGUGAUCGUAAAUCUACACGAAUCAGUGGAUGGCGGCAAGUGAAGCCCAGGUUCCCCCAGACUGAGGUCAUCACACUACUUCGGUACAAGUGACAAUAAUAAACCAAUACCAAUACAUGUGGCUGGGUUCAACAAUCACACACUAAACACACGUAACACACACGUGUGUACACAGACACACAAUAGCCAGACACACACAUGUACACACACUCAUUGACAUUCUCAGACCUCCCCUGGCCUGUCCUGGGAUAGGCGGUAGCUCCAGACCCUGCUCUUCGGGGGGGGGGGUGACUGUCUUCAAUCAUUGCCUUGUGGUGAUGGGGAGCUGCUGAGCCUCUGCUCAAGGACUGAGCCCCCUCCCCCCCCCCCCCCCCCACCCCCAGAGGUGACAUCUCCUCCCCCUUUUCGCCGCUGUGCCCGGGAGCUGUGUGGAGGGAUUGGCUAAUGUUUGAGCCCAGGGACAGUGUCGGGGUCUGUGAACACGCUCCCACCCAAAGCACAUCCACGUGCUGCGUCCUGCCGUCAGUGAGCCCAUGUAAUUGGUGCCAACUGCUCACGAUUCUCUCUCCUUUUGUAACUUUCCGAAUUAAAGUGGCCAUGAUUUCUGCA